AUGGUGACGGCACGGCUUUGCAUCAAGCGUGGGGCCCUGGAUGGCCCCUUGGGCUGCACGCCGGGAAGGGGCGCGGAGCGGGCGGCCGAGGAGCCGGGGGCGGCGGCGCUGCUGCGCGAGCCCGUCUACAACUGGCAGGCCACCAAGCCCACGCUGAAGGAGCGCUUCGCCUUCCUCUUCAACAACGAGGUGCUCUGCGACGUCCACUUCCUGGUGGGCAAGGGGCUCGGCGCGCAGCGCAUCCCCGCGCACAGGUUCGUGCUGGCCGUGGGCAGCGCUGUCUUCGACGCCAUGUUCAACGGGGGGAUGGCCACCACGUCCACCGAGAUCGAGCUGCCCGACGUGGAGCCCGCUGCCUUCUUGGCCCUGCUCAAAUGUCUGUCCGAGUGGCCAGAAGCAGGGCCUCACGCAGGUGCCGGCGCCCCGCGUUCACAGCAGCAGCACCCAGAAAGGCGGACACGUGCGGGGAGUCCGGUGGCACACAGCACGCGGUGUCCCUCCACACACCGGGAUGUGACCCGGCCUCAGGAAGGAGGGGCGUCCCACCACCUGCCACGCGUGGAUGGACCCAGAGGACACUGUGGCGACAAGUCAGACACAGGAGGACACCGUCCGCUCAUGGGGUCCCCAGAGGCGCCCCGUCCACAGAGACAGAGAGUAGACGGUGGGAGCCAGGGGGUGGGCAGUGUUUCAUGGGGACAGAGUCUCAGUCUGGGGACAUGGAAAGUUCUGGAGACAGAGGGCAGGGGCUGCACAGCAGUGAGUGUGCUUGAUGCCACCGAAAUGUAUGUCAGAGUGCUUACGGCAGGGGUGUGUCCCGAGACACUGGGAGACCUCACAGGACUCCCCCUGCAGGCACGACUUUUCGACGAGCCGCAGCUGGCCAGCCUGUGCCUGGAGAACAUCGACAAGAACACGGCCGACGCCAUCACUGCCGAGGGCUUCACGGACAUCGACCUGGACACGCUGGUGGCCGUGCUGGAGCGGGACACCCUGGGCAUCCGGGAGGUGCGCCUCUUCAACGCCGUGGUCCGCUGGGCCGAGGCCGAGUGCCAGCGGCAGCAGCUGCAGGCGACGCCCGACAACAAGCGCGCGGUGCUGGGCCAGGCGCUCGCGCUCAUCCGCUUCCCGCUCAUGACCAUCGAGGAGUUCGCCGCAGGGCCUGCGCAGUCGGGCAUCCUCGUGGACCGCGAGGUGGUCAGCCUCUUCCUGCACUUCACCGUCAACCCCAAGCCGCGUGUGGAGUUCAUCGACCGGCCCCGCUGCUGCCUCCGCGGGAAGGAGUGCAGCAUCAACCGCUUCCAGCAGGUGGAGAGCCGCUGGGGCUACAGCGGCACGAGCGACCGCAUCAGGUUCUCGGUCAACAAGCGCAUCUUCGUGGUUGGCUUUGGGCUGUACGGCUCCAUCCACGGUCCCACCGAUUACCAAGUGAACAUCCAGAUCAUCCACACGGACAGCAACACCGUCCUGGGCCAGAACGACACGGGCUUCAGCUGUGACGGCUCCGCCAGCACUUUCCGCGUCAUGUUCAAGGAGCCGGUGGAGAUGCUGCCCAACGUCAACUACACGGCCUGCGCCACGCUCAAGGGCCCAGACUCCCACUACGGCACCAAGGGCCUGCGCAAGGUGACCCACGAGUCGCCCACGACGGGGGCCAAGACGUGCUUCACCUUCUGCUACGCGGCGGGGAACAACAACGGCACGUCGGUGGAGGACGGCCAGAUCCCCGAGGUCAUCUUCUACACCUAGGCCGCCCCCGCCCCGCGCCGGGCGUCAGGAGAGGGGCUUCCCUCCCUACUCGGGGAGCCGGGCAGGGGCUGGGGACGGGCCCUCGGGACCUGGCGGGGCAGGGCUGGCCCAGACCCGCCCUGGGCGUGGGGCUCCCGCACGCCGUCCCUGCAGCUCAGGGUCGCCUAACCAACUGCCUGACCACAGGAUUCAGAUAGGAUUCCGUCUCACGUUUGUUUUAAUCGCACAUAGCAAUGCAUCUUGGGUCCCCAUUUCUCUGGUAGCAGGCGGUGCGUGGGGGCGCCGCCAGCGCAGGGCUCUUGCGUUCCGGUCUAGUCGGUGGGGAUGCUUAGGCCGCCCCGGCCCCCAGCACCCCCGGGAAGGGCCCCUCCCGGCCCCUGCAGAUGUGGGCACGGACCCUGACCCGAUCUGCCUGGAUGGGUGAUGCCGUGGGGCCAGCCACGGUGGCCGUGUCCCCUGCUGGCCCCGCCCGUUGUACAUACCGAGGCCCCGCCCCCCACCUCUGCGCGAGCUCUGGUCCAGAGGUGCUGGAGGGCGGAGCCCCUCCCCGAGUCCCCAGUACCUCACCCCCGUGUUCCUGCGCUAGUGAUCCCUUCCGGAAACUGUCCUCCCCGGAGCCGUGAAAGGUGUGCCCUCCUCACACCAGACCCCAAAUGAUUUUUUUAAAUAAAGGAAAGAAAGAAAACCGC